AUGGCAAGCGAUCUCGCCGUCCUGAAUGGCACACUCUCAGCAUUCGGCAGUCAUGGCGCUGCCAAACCCGACUUCCUCAAUCUUGCCGGCUUGGUCUCAGAGGCAGUCCUUGAAGUCGUCUUUGUCGCGCUACCGGGAUACCUGGUCGCGGUUACGGGCAUGUUCGAUGCAAAUAGCCAGAAAUUUGUCGCGGAGCUAAACACCAUGGUCUUUACGCCCUGCCUGAUCUUCACCAAGCUCGCUAGUCAGCUCAACGCUGACAAACUCGCCGAUCUCGUCGUGAUUCCUUUCAUCUUCCUCGCGCAAACACUGGUGUCCUACUGCUGCGCGCAACUCAUGUCAUGGGCAUUUGGAUUCUGGGGCAAAAAGAUGAAGAGACAGAAGAAUUUCAUUUUGGCCAUGGCGGUAUUUGGUAAUUCAAAUUCCCUACCGAUCUCACUGGUCAUCAGCUUGAGUAAAACAAUUUCGGGACUACAUUGGGAUCAGGUCCCGGGAGAUAACGACGACGAGGUCGCUGCGCGAGGUAUUCUCUACCUAUUGAUCUUCCAACAACUCGGACAAUUGCUACGUUGGACAUGGGGCUAUAGCGUGCUGUUAAAGCCGGCGAGCGCAUAUGAAGAGGAAGAACGGGCAGAGGAGACCGCUGAAGAUCGCAGCAUUGAGGAAGGCGAAUAUCGAGACGAUCCUGAGGAGCCAGAGUCUGAAAGCGUCAUCAAGCCCUCAAAGAGUGACGAUUCUGGAUUUCUCUCUGGCCAGUCUACUCCGCAGGUUCGCCGUCGGGCACAUGAUGAUGAUGACGAGGCCAGUUCCGAGAUCGACAUCAAUGCCACGCCGGGUAAUGGCAACAAUCGUAACACUGAACCCCGCAACAUCCCAAGCCCAUCAGGCGAACACACCAUCGAUGGCCGUCCUCGACGACAAAACUCAAGCCUCUCAACUCUUACCGACGACGCGACUACCAACCCUCACCCAAGCGAUAUUCCUGCCUGGAAAGCCGGCCUCUAUCGCGCCAAGUACACUUCGAUUUUCUACCUCCGCAAAUUUGGCAUCACGCUCAAAACCUUCUUCCACAACCUUUACCGCGCAAGUCCACGUCCACUACAGAAAGUCUUCGCGUUCCUCCAAGCCUGGGUCGGCGGCUUCCUCCGUGGCAUCUGGCGCCAGAUGAACCCUCCACUCUGGGCCAUGCUCGCUGCGCUCCUCGUCGCCUCUAUCCCACCUCUCCAACAUGCCUUCUUCACAAAGGGCACAUUCCUCUCCAACUCCGUCACGCGCGCCAUCUCGCAAUCCGGCAGUGUCGCCGUUCCACUCAUCCUAGUCGUCCUCGGCGCCAACCUCGCCCGUAGCACUCUCCCCGCGGACCAACUCGCCACCUCUCCCGCCGCUAAAGCCGAAGAGCGCAAACUCCUCUACGCCGCGCUGUUGUCUCGCAUGUUCCUUCCCGUGCUCCUCAUGGCGCCGGCGCUCGCGCUCCUCGCCAAAUUCGCACCUGUCAGCAUUCUCGACGAUCCGAUCUUCAUCAUCGUCUGCUUCUUGCUCACGGGUGCGCCGUCGGCUCUGCAGCUGGCGCAAAUUUGCCAGAUCAACCACGUCUUCAUGGGCGCCAUGAGCUCGUUGCUGGUUAUGAGCUAUGUGGUCUGGAUUUUCCCGAGUACGCUGCUGCUUGUGCUGUUGGCGCUGGAAGUUUUGAGCUGGGCGGUGUUCAACCAUUGA